AUGGCUAACAUCAUGCUCCUUAUGACUGCUAUUACAAUCCUCUUAGCCACCAGAAAAACUGAGGGUGCUCAAGUUCCUGCCAUGUUCGUGUUUGGUGAUUCAUUGGUAGAUCCUGGAAAUAACAAUGAUCUUCUAACCGUGGCAAAGGCUAAUUACUAUCCUAACGGUAUCGAUUUCGCGAUCGGAACCACAGGACGAUACUGCAAUGGAGGCACUGUGGUGGAUCAUUUAGGCAAUCUUUUAGGGCUUCCUUUGAUCCCUCCAUUCAACAGUCCUACCACCACUGGAUCCAACAUUCUUAGAGGAGUGAACUAUGGAUCUGCUGCCUCUGGAAUCCUUUGGGACACAGGAUUAAUAUAUGGAGAUGUCUUCACAUUGGAUGAACAAAUCCAAAACUUGAAGAUAACACUCCAACAACUGCACCUGCUUCUGGGGAAUGGGACUGCAGAUUUCCUCGCCAGAUCUCUCUUCUUCGUUGGCAUGGGAGCUAAUGACUACAUCAACAACUACUUGCAUCCUCUACCUCGAAAGUCCAGGAAGUACACCCCGGUUGCCUUUACCCAGUUACUCAUACAAGAGUACAGAAGGCAGCUUGAGGAUCUACAUGACUUGGGUGCAAGAAAAAUUCUCGUCGCUGGAGUUCCACCACUCGGUUGUACUCCAAACCAGAUAGGCGGCUCCAAUGACAGCAGAGGAGAGUGCAUCAGAUCGAGCAAUACACUGGCGGUGCAGUUCAAUUCCCAGGUUAAACUGUUGGUCCAUCAGCUGAACACAACACUUCCGGGAUCCUCUUUUCUCUUCUGGGACACCUACAGCCUCAUCCACAACAUCAUUGACAAUUACUUACUCUAUGGGUUCAAGUACCCGAACAAGGCUUGUUGUGGUGUAGGUCGAUCGAAGGGGCAAGUGAUGUGCCUGCCAUUGUUGCCUUUGGAGUGCCGUAAUCGAUCAGAGUACAUAUUUUGGGAUCCAUAUCAUGCUACCGACGCACUGAACGCCAUUGCAGCCAAAGAUGCAUACCAAGGAACCUUGCAUCUCACUUUUCCUAUCAAUGUGGAACAGCUUGUUCGGAGCUAA